AUGACUUUCACUUGGGAACCGCAAAACAACAAGACCUGCCAGAUCCUCAAGGCAGCUGAGGAUGGAGGCUACGGAGUCGUUGCACCGAUAGCUUACAACAUCGAACACAUUCUGGCUUUUGUACGAGCUGCCGAGGCCAAACGUAGUCCUCUUAUCAUCCAAGUCUUCCCUUGGGCCAUCACCUUUUCAUCUGGCCUCCUCAUCCACGCAGCAGCACACGCAGCGCGCAAUGCUUCAGUUCCCAUCGCAAUCCACUUAGAUCAUGCACAGGACGAAGCAAUCAUUCGACAUGCCGCUGAUUCUCUCCCCUUUGAUAGCAUAAUGGUAGAUAUGAGCCAUUACGAGAUGGAAGAGAACCUGUCCAAGACCAAGGAGCUGGUUUCGUACUGUCAUGCGCGUGGAAUUGCUACUGAAGCUGAACCUGGUAGAAUUGAAGGAGGGGAAGACGGAAUCGCGGAUACAGCUGAUUUGGAGGGGGCCUUGACGACUGCAGAGCAGGUUGAGGAUUUCAUUGCGACGGGGAUUGAUUUCCUUGCCCCUGCAUUUGGUAACGUACAUGGAGAAUAUGGCAAGCGUGGUCCUGUUCUCGAAUUUGAUCGGCUUGAGAUGAUACGAUCAAGAGUCAAUGGGCGCGUGAGAGUUGUCCUCCAUGGGACCAACGAUUUCCCAGAGGAUAUAAUGAAGGCCUGCAUCAAGGGCGGUGUGUCCAAGGUCAAUGUGAACAAGCUUGUCUUGGAUGACUACCUCAUUCACAUCAAGGAACGCGCCUCGAAGCUCAACUUGACGACACUGAUGGAGGAUGGUGUAGAGAAAGCUCAGAAGCUGACGGAGUGGCAGAUGGAUGUCUGCGGUUCUACAGGGAAGGCUUAA